AUGAACAAAAGGUUAAAUGAAUACUCUUUGCAGGUUUAUCGAGCGGUUUGCUUGGUUAUUGUAUUGUGUUAUGUUUGGUGUAGUGCAUGUAGUGGUUCAGAAGACGUCGGUGUGUAUAGAGACGCCCAUGCGAUACAACAAGCUAAUAGAAUAGUAGAUAUGAUUGUACCUUUGCUUAACUUGCAUAUAAUUCAUGAGAAACGAAUAGCCCUAAUCAAGGAGCACAAUCUAAUCCAAUACACUGCUAAAGCCAAGGAACAAGAGGGUUCUAAACAACUGAGUCUAAGUCGAAUUAUUCGUGGGUGCUUCGGCCCAAUUAUGAUGCUUUACAAACGUAUAACAAACCGUUCGCCAUCUCUAAUAGUCAGAGAAGUAUUGAUACAGAAAAGUGCAUCAAUAAUAGUCCAGAAGCCACUAGACUACUUAAAGAGCUGUAUCAAUGGAGAGAAUAUAGACAACGAGAACUUGACUCAAAUGAGUGAGAUAGUAACCCUAGUAAAACGACUGAAUGCCAUUAAGACUGACCUAUUGAUUCUAGAAACACAAUUACAGGCUAACAAACUCAAGCGAAUACCAGCAUACCUAGAAGAAGAGAUAGCCACGAUUGAAACCAAACUAAUUAAACUAGCCGAACGUUACGAUUCCAAAGCACUAAACAAGCGGGGCAAAGAGGCUAAGAAAGAAGAAGAAGAACUAGAGCAAUUGUCGAAAAAGGGAGAUCAUACAACACUAACCGAACUACUCCUAAAGUCGGACAAAGAGAUAGAAAAAAGAGUAUCUAAUGAUGAGAUGGCAAUGCUAGAUAAGGCCAAAGCAAUUAUAGACGGUACGGCUACAGAAGCAGACGAGGUGAUAACAGGUAGUAGACCCACAAUUAUAGGCAUGUUAUACCGGAUGAUCUGCCGCAUGCUAACUCAACCCAAUAGACAUAAAGAAAUGAAGGCCCGAAAAGCGAUUGAUCCCAAGUUCAUAAACUCACAACCAUCCAUCUUACCAGCCCGACUAAACACCUCCCAAACAAAUAAGCCUGACAUAAACAACACACUUCACCUAAAAGACAGCACAAUCUACUCUAUUUCCACGUUCUACAAAACCAAUCAUUGCUUAAGUCCUAUACCCCGUGCUCUCAUUUUCGAUCAGGAACCAAAACCGAUUGAAGAACAAAUGUCAUUUUUUGAUAAGCGUGAACUUAAACUGCCCGAGUUGAAUCAAAAGGAUUGUACACUUAAGUUAGACUCAGAGCAAGAAACGCUUCUUCGGAAGUUUAUAAGCGGCGGGGUCAAGUACGUAUUAGAAGAAGAAACCCAUCCUGUUUGGAGGAUGUUUGAUAUCAACAGAGCUAAUCAAUCCAAUAAGUACGGACUAUCUGGUACUGGGCCGGAAGAUGACUAUUCGGUUUUUCUGGACCUUGAUUGGAAAGAGAAUGAAUUGAUGAAGUUACUAGAUGUCUUAAAGAAGUUCAGUCAAAUCACACUCGAUGCGGAUAGGGUUGAGAUAUUGAAUCCUCGCGGCCCGGCCGGUUUGUUAGUCCUAGCCCAGCUCCUAACACUGUUCGAAACCCCAGGGUCGAAUGCUACGAAGAGCCCUUUUAAGCUUACUAUCACUUUGGAGUAUACACCUUGUCCAUUUUCUGUGCUAUCAUUCAAUGAUGUUGAUUUACAAAGCCAGUUCCGAGACCAGAUCGAGAAGAUCGAAGAGUCGCGAUACAUUGUCGAGUUGUUUCUCGACAAUCUCACAUCAGAUAUACAGAAAUUCAUUUGGCCACUAGUAACCCACUUAUCAAUAACCAAACUAGGCCUAGUUCGCCCCUUAAUGGACAAGAUAGACUUUCUUAACGAUGUCAACUGGAGAGACCGAUUCACCCUCAUGUUAAAUCUAGACUACCAAAAGGACAGUAUUGUUAGCUUAGGAGGCAGAACUGCGAAAGGCAAAGAUCUCCCAACUUGUGCUUAUCUAUUCGUUCACACUAACUUUCCAAAUCAACACAAAAAACGUACUAACUGCCCGAGGGUUUAUGUUCUAAACCUUGAUGGAUACCUCCAACCCCAUUCCUCCGAUAAGAAAGACAAACUCUUAACUACAUCAGUAAGCUUGACUGUUGAUGUUUUAUUAUCCUAUGCAUUCUUUGGCCUUAAACAGUCCGUGACUGUCCAGACUGUGAAUAUAGGUGGUAUUCCGAGCAACUACACCAUUAAUGACAUUGUCUUUCUUAGGCAGCAACUAAUUAAGUUUUACGACCAACCGAUUAAGUUCUACCAACAUCUAGUUGAAUUCUCCAGCCAAUCGAUUAAUUUAUAUCAACAACUACUUGAAAAUGACAAACAACUAGCUAACUUCUACCAACAAUUAACCCAAUUCAACAACCAACUGACUGCUCUCUACAAACCAUCCAGCAACCUUAACUUACUUAUCACCCCCAACCCCGGCAAAGGCUUAUUCAACUUUUCCAUCACAGCCCGUAAUCUCUAUUGGACUAUUCCGAAAGAUUCUACCAAACGCCAAGCCCCAGAACCAUUCUCUAACCUAAUAAUCAUCGACCCCACCAUACCCCGAUCAAAACCCAAACCUCGACCAAGGAUUAGCUAA